CCACACGCACCAACAGUCUCCGCCCGACAUCACCCAAUUACACCAUUCACGCUCCCCGUUCACAUAGCCAUAAACCCAGAGAAUUACCGACCCGGAACGUCGCCGGCGACGGUCGAUCCGAAUCCGGAAUCGGGCAGGGGCAGGAGGGGGGGCCAUGGGGAUCGUGGAGGACGCGCACAACGUGAAGGUGCUGGGGGCGGGGGAGCGGACGAUCGUGCUGGCGCACGGGUUCGGGACGGACCAGUCGGUGUGGAAGCACCUGGUGCCGCACCUGGUGGACACGCACCGGGUGGUGAUCUACGACAACAUGGGGGCCGGCACCACCAACCCGGAAUACUUCGACUUCGAGCGGUACACCACCCUGGAGGGCUACGCCUACGACCUCCUGGCCAUCCUGGAGGAGCUCCACAUCGAGUCCUGCAUAUUCGUCGGCCACUCCGUCUCCGCCAUGGUCGGCUCCAUCGCCUCCAUCAGCCGCCCCGACCUCUUCGCCAAGAUCGUCAUGCUUUCCGGCUCCCCCAGGUACGUGAAUGACCCGGACUACUUUGGAGGGUUUGAACAGGAGGACCUAGACCAGCUCUUCGAGGCGAUGCGCGAGAACUACAAGGCGUGGUGCUCCGGCUUCGCGCCCUUGGCCGUCGGCGGCGACAUGGACUCGGUGGCCGUCCAGGAGUUCAGCCGCACGCUCUUCAACAUGCGGCCCGACAUUGCCCUUAGUGUCGCCCAGACCAUCUUCAACAGCGACAUGCGCUCCAUCCUCCGCCUCGUCACCGUCCCUUGCCACAUCAUCCAGAGCAUGAAGGACCUCGCCGUCCCCGUCGUCGUCUCGGAGUACCUGCACCAGAACCUCGGCGGCGACUCCAUAGUGGAGGUCAUGCAAUCCGACGGCCACCUCCCCCAGCUCAGCUCACCCGACACCGUCAUCCCCGUCAUCCUUCGCCACAUCCGCUACGACAUCGCCACCUAGAAGCGCGCUAGGAGCCCCUCCAUACCUCAAACCCAGUGUCUAGUCCUAUGUAACAUGCACGGGAUGGGAGAAUGUCGCAUGUCCCCAUUCGAUAGAAGUGUGUCCAAACGUUACGUUAUAGAGAGAGAUAAGUGUCUAGAUCCUAUAUGCACGACACAAGUCGGGAACACGUUAAUGAUUCGGAAGAUCUGCCUUCCUCGGUCGUUGGGGUGUUUCGAAAAAUCUAAGAUGCUUUCUUAGCAGGUUAUUAUCUAAAUUUCCAUUAGCUUUUGGCCUUUGUCGUGUUGCAAAUUGAAGUACCGUUGCCCCCCGUGAUUAAUGAAAUUACGCGUGCGCGACUCCGUA